AUGGAUGAUUAUCAUACAUUAUUCUUAAGAAAAGACAUAGUUGAUGAAGAUGAAACUAAAGGAAUUCAAUGUUUAAUACAACAAAUUGAAGCAAAGAUGAAAGGAAAAGAAACAGAGUUUAAACAAGGAUGGAGUUCUUAUUUUAAAAAAAUGGUAAAAGAAAUGCAAACAAAACAUUUCAUAGACCCAACUACAAACAAACCUUGUGAAAUAUCGUAUGAUGAGAAAACUCAAUGUGUACGAUUUUUCGAAGAAUGGGCAGAAGAGUUUUGUUUAUUGAAACGUGAUUUGGGCCAAAUGUUGGUAAGCGAGUGUGGUACAACACCUGGAAAAAGUUGUGAAGGUUUAUGUAAUAUAUAUGAAAAGUUUUUGAAAGAGUCACAACCUUAUUUUAAGAAUUAUAAAACAAUAUGUGCGCAAUCGCCAUUUGGAAAUAAUGAAUCUGUGAAGGAUUUAGAACAAAGUUUCAUACAAGCAGCUAAUAACAGUAUGAAUGAAUGUUGUAAAGAUAAUGGUAACUGUAGUGAUACAGAUUUAUUUGAUCUUAGUAAAGAUAACAGUAAUAUAAGAUAUAAAUGUUUAUGUGAAAAAGGUGACUAUUAUAAUGACAGAGAUAAAAAAGAUGAAUGUAGAGACUACGUGACACAAACUACUGUCGCUGGCCAAAUUCGUGGUCCACCCGCACUUCGUAGCGCGUCACAAAGUGUUGCUAGUGUCGCGUGUGGAAUACAUAGUGGCCGUAGUGUGAAAGUGGAGGAUAUAGCAAGGGUUUUUCAGACUAAGGUACAAGAACAAUUACGUGCAGAUGUUGGUAAUGUUGAUCAUGAUAGUAAAAGUGUUUUGAUAGGAAAACCUGAACAAGGUGAAUAUAAGCAAGGGGGUGAAAAAAGUCUUUUCAAGAGCAAACCAUGUGAUAUAACUAUCCAACAUUCCAAUGAUAGUCGUAAUAAAAGUAAGAAGGAUGGUGAUUAUGAUGGUCCCUGUACAGGAAAAGGUGGAGAUACAAGUCCAUCUAUACAUACCAGAUUUGUUGUAGGUGUUCGAUGGGAAGCGGAUGACAAAGGAAUGCGUGACAAACAUAAGGAUGUUAUAAUGCCACCAAGAAGACGUCAUAUAUGUACUUCGAACCUAGAGAAUUUAGAUCUUGAUAGCCAAGGACUUAAAGAUGGCAAUAAAGCUAAUGAUUCUUUUUUGGGAGAUGUAUUAUUAUCAGCGAAAGAGGAGGCAAACAAAAUAAUAAGUAUGUAUAAAGAUAAGAAUAACCUAAAAGAACUAAAUGAUAAAAAUCACAAAGAAAGUGUAUGCAGAGCUAUGAAAAAUAGUUUUGCAGAUCUAGGGGAUAUAAUACGUGGUAGAGAUCUAUGGAGCAGAAACCAGGAUAUGAAACAUCUUGAAGAUAAGUUGAAAGAAAUAUUUAAAAAAAUUCAGGAAGAACUUACAAAUAAGAGUCAAUAUGAAAGUGUUGAUGGUAAAUAUACAAAACUAAGAGAAAACUGGUGGGAAGCUAAUAGAGAUCAAAUAUGGAAAGCAAUGACAACAUGUGGAAAUACCACAAAUAUAUGUGAUAGUGGUAGUACUCGUGGUCCUCGUGUUACCCCACAUGACGACUACAUCCCGCAACGUCUUCGAUGGUUAGCCGAAUGGUCCGAGUGGUACUGCAAGAGACAGGCACAACUAUAUGGGGAGUUAAAGGGGGUGUGUAAUGGGUGUACAAAUGGUAAUAACAGUGGAACAUGUGAUACCAACAAAUGUAAAGAUUGCAAAGAGAAGUGUACUGCAUAUAAACAAUUUAUUGAAGAAUGGCAAAAAGAUUGGAAAACAAUGGAAGGACAAUACCUAAAAUAUUACAGUGAAGCACAAAAUCUUAGUAAAACUAGUGGUGUUAGUAGUAAUAAUAAUGAUCAAAAUCAAAAAUAUCUUGAGGAGUUUUUAUAUCAACUACACACACGAAACAACGAAAACAACAAAAGUGGUACUAAUAACCCGUUUGAAAGUGCAGCGGGGUACGUACAUCACGUAUUACCAAAUACUGGUUGUGAAAAACAAACAAAAUUUUGUGGAGACAAUACAAACCAAGAUAAUGUGUUCAAAAACCCACCACACGAGUAUGACAAUGCCUGUAAUUGCGAUAGUUCGACGCCAUGUGAUAUAGUGAAAACACUUUUGAAAGAUAAAAGUGCAACAGAUACUAUAGAUAGUUGUAAUCCAAAAAAAACUGAGAAAAGUUGGGAUUGUAACAGUACAAGUGUUGAUACAGCAAAACAUAAUGGAGCAUGCAUGCCACCUAGGAGACAAUCAUUAUGCAUACAUAAUUUAGAAAACUUGAGUCCUAUAUCAAAAGAUGCUUUGAAACAAGCUUUUAUAAAAUGUGCUGCAAAAGAAACUUUUUUUUUAUGGCAUAAAUAUAAAGAACAUCACAGUACUGAGGCUGCAAAAUUAAAAACAGAAGGUACUAUCCCAGAAGAGUUUAAAAGACAAAUGUUCUACACUUUAGGAGAUUAUAGAGAUUUCUGUUUAAAUUCAGAUAUAUCAAAAAAGGACCAAAAUAGUGGUGUAGGUAAAGUAAAAAAAAAUAUAGAGGAUGUUUUCUCAAAUAAUGGCCCAACAACUAGUGGAAAAACACGUGAAUCGUGGUGGAAAGAAAUUGAGAAAGAUAUAUGGGAUGGAAUGUUAUGUUCUUUAGGUUAUGAUGAAACAAAAAAGGAAGUGGAUGAUACUAUUCGAGAAAAAAUCGAAUCCAAAAACGGCUAUAACAACGUGAAGUUUGGUGACACCACUAGUGGUAGUACCACUGGUGUGAAGUUACCACAGUUUGUGGCUCGACCCCAAUUCCUACGUUGGAUGACCGAAUGGGGGGAACACUUUUGUAAACAACACAAGGUGCAAUUUACCACGUUGAAGGAGAAGUGUGACAGGUGUAAUGCCAAUAAGCCUAGUAGUGGUAAAGCAACCUGUGAUAAAAAAAGUACAGAAUGUACCGACUGCCAAACACAAUGUGAACAAUAUAAAACAUGGAUUGGAACUUGGAAAGGACAUUAUGAUAAACAAAAAAAAAAAUAUACUCAGGAUAAAAAUAAAGCUGAUUAUAAAACUGAUACCGAAGUACAAAACUCACAAGAAGCGCAUGACUACAUAAACAAACAAAUAAAAAAAAUAUGUCAAAACAGUGGUACUCAUAUUAGUUGUGAUUGUAUGAAAGAAAAGUCACAAAAGUCAUCACAACCACCAAAUCCACCAAAUAGUGGUGUUAUGCCCCAAACGUUGGACCAAUACCCCCCUGGUGACUACGAGAAUCAGUGUACUUGUGUACAAAAACCGCCUACACCACCCACAUGUACGGGGAACAAAAUUCUUGAUGCGGCAAACAUCAAACAAUAUGACGCAGAAAAUGAGGUGCAUACAAGUGGGGUUAAUUUGGUAGGAAAUAUAGGAAAGGCGGAGUUUAAAAAAGGGAAAAAAGGAAGCGAUCUGGGUGGAGAAAUUUGUAGUAUAACGAAAGAACAUACUAAUGAUACACGUAAAUAUAGUUCUACUGUAGUUGAUAGUGAUCAAUUACAUUAUGGUCCCUGUACUGGUAAAGGAAAAGACCAAAAAAAUACACGAUUUAUUAUUGGGCAAAAAUGGGAUAAGGAUGACAAUAAUGUAAAUCCAAAACAUACUGGUGUCCUACUACCACCUAGACGUAAACAUAUGUGUACAUCUAACUUGGAAAAUUUGGAUCUGAACGAUAAUUCGAGUGGUCUCCUUGGCGCUAGUGUGAACCACUCGUUCCUUGGUGAUGUGUUAUUGGCCGCAAAAUUUGAAGGCGACGAUAUAGUGGAAAAACAUCUAAGUAAAGGUGACAAAUCUGGCAUUUGUAAUGCUAUGAAGUACAGUUUUGCCGACUUAGGUGAUAUCAUAAGGGGGAAAGACAUGUGGAGUAAAAAUAACGAUAUGGAGAAUUUGGAAAAUAAUUUGAAAUCCAUAUUUAAAAAGAUUCACGAAAAUCUUCCUCCUGGUACUAAAACCAAAUAUGCUGGUGAUGGUCCCAAAUAUACCAAAUUACGUGAGGCCUGGUGGUCGGCUAACCGCGACCAAGUAUGGAAAGCACUAACAUGUAAUGCUCCCGCGGAGGCAGACCUCUAUAUACCAUCAAGUGAUACCACAAACAAACGGUUUGAACGUUAUAAGUGCGGCCGCGACUCGUACGUCCCCCCGGACGAUUAUAUCCCGCAAAGACUGAGAUGGAUGACCGAAUGGUCCGAAAGUUACUGCAAACAGUUGGAAAAAAACUAUUGGCUUCUGAAAGGUUUUUGCCAGGUAUGCAAAAAACAUAAAGAAAAAGGAAAGGAGAACGAAGCAAAAAAAUCAGCAUGUACUUUUUGUUCAAAAAGUUGCGAAGUAUACAAAGAUCAUGUUGAAAAAUGGAAAGGUCAAUGGGAAAAACAAGAAACAGAAUAUAACAAUUUAUACCAAAAUUCUAAUAGUAGUAGUAGUGACCCAAUUAAACAACAAGAAAAUAAUUUUAUGAAAACAGUAAAGGAUACAAACGGUAUUCCCCAUUGCACUGGUAAAAACAGCGACACAACCGAAUAUAAUACCCUUGGUAAUUAUGUGUCUUCUAUGGGAGGAAGUACCUAUUGUAAUGAUACAACGCAAAAAAAAUUUGACGACACAAAUAGUCAGGAUACCGAAAGUGUAUUUAAGCAACAUCCAAAUAAAUAUGAAGAUGAAUGUAAAUGGAAGCCGGAUACACCAAAGACACCAACAGUACCGAAUACACCUGGAUUUCUCCCUCCGAAAGGCCCAAAAAAUCCAGAAGAGGUAUGUAAAACGGUGAAGACAUGUAUUGAGGAAAAUAACCAAAAAAUAAACGCAGCAACCGGUAGUAAAGGGGAUUGUAAUGAAAAAACAGACCCAUUUAAUUGGGAAUGUAACGGUAAGGUUAAAUCUGGUGAAGAAGGAGCAUGUAUGCCACAUAGAAGACAAAAACUAUGUGUACAUUAUUUGAAAGAAUUGACUGGUGAUAAAACUACAGAUGAUUUGAGACAAGCAUUUAUAAAAUGUGCUGCACUAGAAACAUAUUUUGCUUGGGAUAAAUACAAAAAGGAUAAACAAAAAGAAGAUCCUUCAGCAGAAACAAAACUUGAUGAACAAUUAAAAAGUGGUACUAUCCCUGAUGACUUUUUACGUUCUAUUUUCUUUUCAUAUGCAGAUUAUAGAGAUUUAUGUUUGGAUAAAGAUAUAGGGAAACGUGAUGGUGAUGUAAAAGAGGCAAGACAAAAUAUAGAUAAUGUUUUCAAAAAUGGCGGCCAAGGUAAAACAAAAACUGACCCAAAAAAUUGGUGGAAUGAAAACGGUCUAGAUAUUUUGCAAGGAAUGAUCUGCGCACUAUCAAAUACUGUAGGUGAUAGUGAACAAGCCUCGGUGCAAGCAGAACUUCUCAAAAAUCCUGAAUACAAGUACGAUCCUGAAAAUUUAGAUACCAAAAUAGCUAAUUAUGUGCUUUAUACUCAUACAGUUCCUCAAUUUUUAAGAUGGUAUACUGAAUGGUCAGAAGAAUUUUGCGAUAAACAAAAAAAAGAGUUCGCACAAUUAUAUAGUAAGUGCCAUAAAUGUGAAAUAACUAGUAGUAGUGGUAAAGCAACAUGUAAGAAAAGUGGUACAGAAUGCAGCGAAUGCCAAGAUCAAUGUCCAAAAUAUACAUCUUUUAUUCAAAAAUGGAAACGUGAUUGGGAUAAACAAAACCAACAUUAUAAUGAUGUUAAAAAUAUAGACCCAUAUGAGUAUGCUCCUUUUGUAGAUACGAAUAACCACGCAUAUACAUAUUUAAAUGAAUCGUUAGAACUUCUUGGUUUACAUAAUAAUUGUAUGCAAGAAAAAACGUCACAAAAAACGUCACCUAGUGAUGACACCCCCAAAUCGUUAGAUGAUCUACCAAAAACAGAAUAUAAAGACAAGUGUGAGUGUGACGAUAAAGUGGUCACUCCACAAGGUGGUGGUGGAAGUGGUGGUGGAUCACACGUUAAACCUAUGCCGAAUCCCAACCCUAGUCAUCCUGGGAGUACACAGACGACGACAAAGUGUGAAAUAGACAAAUAUGUUAGGGACAAUGAAAACACAAAAACUAUAUCGACGAACAAUGGAAAAAAAUAUUGCAACGAAAAAACAGACCCAUUUUUAUGGAAAUGCGGAGACCAAUAUCAAGAUUUAGUGAAUGACCAAAAGUUAUGUAUGUCUCCGAGACGUCAAAAACUAUGUAUUCAUUAUUUACAAAAUGAUAUUAAUGGAGCAGGUAAAAAAGAAGAAAAAGAUUUAAAAGAAGCAUUAAUUAAAUCUAUAUCGCUUGAAACAUAUUUUUGGUGGCAAAAAUAUAAAUCAGAUCACCCUAAAGAGGCUUCACAAUUACAAAGUGGAACUAUCCCAGAAGGUUUUAAAAGGCAAAUGAUGUAUACUUUAGGAGAUUUUAAAGAUUUAUGUUUAGGAAGCGAUUUAGGUAUCCAUACAGGUACUAGCGAUAUAAAAGAUAAGGUUAAAAAGAUUUUAAAUGGUGGCACAUAUAAAGACAAUCCUGAUAAGUGGUGGGAAUCUAUUGAAAAAGAAGUUUGGGAAGCUAUGGUAUGUUCACUAUCAUAUAGUGGUGGUACUAUGGACGCGGAUACACAAAAAAAACUCGAAAACAAAAACAACUACAAUAGUGUCACAUUUAGUGGUGUUCCCACUAGCUCUAGUGUUCCCACUAGUGACGGCCUCGCGGCAUUCGCCUCUCGGCCUCAGUUCUUGAGAUGGCUCACCGAAUGGUACGACGAUUAUUGCAAACAAAAACACACAAAAUUAAAGGACGUGGAGACGGCGUGUAAGCCACAAGGUGAUAUAAAAUGUAACGAGGAGUGUACACAAAAAUGUAAUGAUUACACAAAUUUUAUGAAUGAGAGAAAAGGACAUUGGGGAAAACAACAAGGAUAUUAUACUUCAGAAAAACAAAAACAAACAACUGGAACUUCUAAUGCAUAUGAUGAACCAGAUGCUACCAAAUACUUAAAAAAAAAUUUUACUGUUACAUGUGGUAGUGAUACAUCCAGUGGUGCCACAACAUCCAGUGGUGCCGACCAAGUGGAGAAAAACAUCAACGCGUUGACACCACCAGCACAGUCGCCACCACAAACGUCGUCACCACAAACGUCGUCGUAUUAUGAUGCCGAUGUGUAUUGUGGGUGCAAGAAAUAUAUAAAUGAUGACGACUAUACUAAUAUUUCGGGGAAAAAUAAUUGUGAAGGAUUAAAAAACGAAGCGGAAGAUACAACACAGGCAAAACCAGAAAAUGGAAUUAAAUGGAGAAACAAGGAAGAUAGUAAAUAUAAGCAUUUGGAGACAAAUGCUCCUUAUAAAAAAGACCCUGUACCGAAAGAAGUAUUCCUACCUCCUAGAAGACAAAAAUUAUGUUUUAAAGAUCUUGAUACCCAAAACAGCAAGAUUACUGAUGAAAAAACUUUGAGAGAACAAUUGAUGAAAGUAGCUGCUACUGAAGGAUACAAUUUAGGUCAAUAUUAUAAAGAGAAAAAAAUAAAAGAAGAACAAAAAGGAAAAAUUGAUGAACAAGAAUUAAAAAAAUAUGCUUAUGAUGUUGAAGCAUGUAGAGCAAUGAAAUAUAGUUUUCUUGAUUUAAGAGAUAUAAUUAUAGGUCAUGAUAUGUUAGAACCUGAAGGUACUGAUACAGGGAAAAAUAUUAAGCAAAUAUUUGAAAAACUUCCAUCAAAUGGAAACCCAAAUGAUAUAAAUGCGGUACGCAAACAGUGGUGGACACAAAACCAACAAUGUGUAUGGAACGCAAUGAAAUGUGGGUACAAAAAAAGUGGUGACACCAACAUAGACACGUGUAAUCAACCUAGUGAUAAUGAAUAUCCUGUGGCCACUGAUCGCACUAGUGGUACCAAUUACCAAUUUUUACGAUGGUUUGCCGAAUGGGGAGAAGAUUUUUGUGUGAAACAGAUACGACACUAUAAGGAGUUGGACGAGAAGUGUAAGGAUGUGGAAUGCAAAAAAAAUGGUCAAGAAGAAGAGAAAAAGAAACAAGCGUGUAAAGAGCAAUGUGAAAAAUAUAAAGCAUUUAUUACACAAUGGAAAGCUCAAUAUAAUAAACAAAAAACAAAAUAUGAUACGCUUAAAGGAGAAAAUCCAUAUAAAACUCUUGAUGGAGUGAAAGAUUCAACCCAUGCUUAUCAGUAUUUAGACAAAUCGUUAAAAAAAAGUUGUAAAAACAGUGGUACAAAUAGUGGUAGCACUGAGUGUAAUUGUAUGAAAGAUGAAUCAACACAACAACAAAUACCCCCCUCGCCUAGUGGUAAAAAUAUCCCCAAAUCGUUGGAAUAUCCCCCAAGUGGGUAUAUAGAUAAGUGUGAGUGUGUGACAUCACAAGUGGGGCCGGGACCAAAUAUACCACCUGCUCCAGCACAACCGGGACAACCACAGCCGCAGCCGCAACCAGAUGGUAGUGUUAAACCAGGACAAGGAAAAGACCCCAAACAAGAACCCGGCCAAAAAGACCCAUCACAAAGUGGUAAUAGUGAUCCAAAUAAUUCAAAUGGUGGUAGUGUUGGUCCACCUGGUGGAAGUGGUGGUCCAAAUAGUGGUGGACAAGGUACUAAUACCAAUCAUUCUAGUGAUCCCACUAAUCAAGGUGCGAGGGGACAUUCUAAUCCUAUAGGUCCUAUACCUGGUGAACCAAAACCUGGUCCCGUUAGUCCUUCUAGUGAGCCCAAAAAAAACACAGAUGAAUUUGAAGAUUUGAAUGAAUGUCCUGAUAAAGAUAAAUCAUAUUGUAAUAAGUAUGGCAAAUAUGGUUGCCGACCAAAAAAACGUAAUAUAGAUUUAAACAAUUGGUCAAACAGUCUUGUAAAAUCUCCUAAAAAUAUGACAAAUGAUAUCCUUGUUCCUCCUAGAAGGAGACAUUUAUGUUUUAAUAGUAUUAGAACAUUUUAUCAUAAAGUUAAGGAUGAGAAAACAUUUAAGGAACAUCUUCUUUAUGCUGCAUACAAUGAAGCAAAACAAUUAUAUGGAUAUUAUGGUAGAGAUCACGAAAAACUGUUGGAUGCUAUGAAAUAUAGUUUUGCCGAUAUAGGAGAUAUUGUUAAAGGAGAUGAUAUGUUAAAUGAUGGGAUAUCAGAUAAAAUAAAAACAAUAUUUGACAAAAAUAUAAUAAAAGACAAAUCUGGAAACGAUGUUGAUCCUAAGAAAUGGUGGGAAACAAAUAAAAAACAUGUUUGGAAUGUUAUGAUGUGUCAUUACAAAGGAAAUAUUAGAGGAUCAACUAAUAACAGUUGUCCAGAAUAUGAUAAAAUCGAUGAAACUUCUCAGUUUUUACGAUGGUUAACUGAAUGGGCUCAAUUGUUUUGUAAAGAAAAAUUAACUGAGGCAAAAACUGUUGUAGAAGAAUGUAUAGAAAAAAAUCAUAUAAAAGACGCCAAAACAAUUAAAGAAAUAGAAAAUAGCGUAUGUAAACAAUCCUUAAAGAAAUAUAAAGAUUGGUACCUUAAAAGAAAACCUCAAUGGGAUAAUUUGACAGAACAAUAUGAUAAAUAUAAGCAACAUUAUUCAAAUGGUUCUGCUCAAUCAUCCGGAAAAUCACAACAACUACCAUCAACUGCUGAAAAAUAUAUAACAAGCAAAUGUCCUGAAUGUGAUUGUAACUAUAAUGAUUUACAAAAAAUAUCUGAUUAUCAAGACAAAGAAAAAGAAAUAUUGAAGAAAUUAAUUUUAAAAGCUAAAAUUGAUACUAUUGAUCCUAAGAAUACAAUAUUUUACCAUAUUUUCAAUAUUGGUGAAAAAGGUCUAGAUAUUGCAAAAACAGUUUAUGAAGCUACUCCAGAUGUAAUUCCUACAGCUGUACAUGUUGCACAAGGAGCUGCAGAUAUUGUACAAAAAGUUGGAACAGCUGUUGGAAAAACUGUUGAAAAAAGUGUUAUAAAUGGACUAAACAAUUUCAUUAAUUGGUUCAAUACCCCCACACCAUCACAGAAUAACGUGAGACCCCCACCACAACCUGUAGGGCCUGAUGCAUCAAAUCCUGGUGGACAAACCCCAUCAAUCACACCUGGUGUUACACCCGAAACCGUGUCGUUAUCCACCAUUCCCCCUGUGGGAAUAAGUGCAAUUGUUUUAGGAGCGAUAGGUUUUUUGUGGUUUUAUUAUAUGAAGGUAAGUGUUAUAUGUGUGGUUUUAUAUGUUGUAUGUGGUAAAUAUGUGUUUUAUAUAUAUAUUUAUAUAUAUAUUGAAAUAUAG